GAACCGGAACGAGCUUCCUGCCGCGAGAAGUUGCAACGUCAUCAUCGCAUCGUCAUCGUGCCCAAUCAAAACUAAAUCAACACCGCGCCGUCUACUGAUAAGAGCCUUUAGAGCGAUAAGCCGCCAUAAAACCGUUACGAUCUUUUUGGCGAAUCAGCAUCACCUUCAACCGCGGGGAACGAAUUGGCUCAGUUUAUACAGCAACCUGAGCUGCGGUGUUUGCGAAAAAUCAUACAGUGUCAAAUCUCCCAACAAUUUUACCAUAAUGACUCCAACUAUUAGCACCGUAUUCACAGUGGAAAAGGUCCCUUCACCGGUGGGAAAUGCCCGUAAACGGACGCACACCUUCGACGAAGCUCUCCAGUUGACCGGUUUCGGUCGUGCCCAGGUACUGCUAGUCAUACUAUCCGGUUGUUCCAUUAUGGCCUCGCUCAACGAGGCGAUGGGUAUGAGUAUUAUUCUACCAGCCUGUCGCUGUGAUCUCAAUCUGGACCCUGGCGAACAGGGCAUGAUCGGGGGUUCGAUUUUCCUAGGAAUCAUGACAUCGUCCUACUUCUGGGGCUAUCAGGCGGACACCCGCGGGCGUCUGGUCGUGAUCAAGUACGCCCUGAUGGCGGUGUCCGUUUGUUCGGUUGCGUCCAGCUUCGCUACCGAUUUUGGCUCGCUGAUGGCGUUACGCUUCAUUACCGGUGUGUUUAUCUCGGCGCCGGCAGCUGCGGUUUAUGCGUACUUGGGAGAAUUUGGAACGGCCGAAAAGCGCACCCAGAUGAUAUCGUACGCCAGUGUUAUGGCGUCCUUAGGGGUUGUGUAUGUUGCUUUGAUCGGUUGGUGGAUGUUAUCGUACGACUGGAGCUUUGUUAUAACGGAGUCCAUAGUGUUUAAACCUUGGCGAUUGCUGUUCAUUCUGAACACUAUACCUGGAUUUUUGGCAGCCAUAGCCUAUUGUUUUUGUCCCGAGAGUCCUAAGUUUCUGUUGACCCAAGGACGACCGGAAGAAGCUUUGGAAGUACUCAGAACAAUGUACCGUAUCAACAAUAAGUCGAAAGGCAGCGAUGGUUUCGAAGUGACUAGCUUAUCGUCAGAUGUUGAUUCAGAUCGGAAAAAUUCCAAUGGUGGACGGAUGGUUGACAUUCUUAAAUCGAUGCGCGAUCAAACUGUUCCGCUGUUCAGAGUUCCGUUGCUGGUUUACUUUUUUGUGUGCUGUAUGCACAGUAUCACUGCGUUUGCGAUUUACGGUGGACUUGGUCUUUGGUUUCCGCAGAUCAUGAACCAAAUCUCUUCAGAUGAUUCCGGGGAAGGAACGUUGAUAUGUUCGAUUUUGGAAGUAAAUAAAACGGAAACCGCGCCACAGUUUACCGUCUGCAAUGAUAACGUAGAAAAGGAAACGUUUAUUUAUACGAUCAUCUUGGGAACCUUUGGAGCUUCCUACACUUUCGUCGUUUCGCUAGCCCUCGGACGAUUCAGUGCCAAAACUAUGCUGGCUUUCAACACAGUCGUGGCGGGUUCUGCCGGAAUUUUGCUGCAAUUUGUCGCCAACAAUUACCUGGUGGCAAUCCUGUUCUGCGUGGAGAUUAUGUUUGCCGGCAUUUGCGUGAUGCUGGUAAAUGCCCUGGCCGUGUCACUGUUCCCAACCCACGUCCGGGGGAUGGCCGUUUCGCUGGUCAAUAUGGUUGGUCGGUUAAGCUGCUUCGCUGCCAGCUCGGUGAUCGGGCUGUUGAUGGCGCAGAAUUGUCCGCUUACGUUUUACCUCCUGUCGGCGGUGCUUUUUGUGAGUUGCGGGCUGACGUUCCUUUUAAAGUAACCUUCCAGGGGGGGUUGGGCAGUAGUAUUAUUGGACUCCACUCAUAGUUUAGGAAAUGCAACUUAGAAUAUCAUUUAUUCUCGAAUGUGAUUGUCAGUUAAAUUUUAGAAAUUUGUUUACACGCGACUUUACUCAGGGGUCGGUCCUAAAAGACCACGAAAGGCUAAAAUGGUGUUUAAGGUUUAUCCAGGCCCUUGGGCAUCAUCCCGGUUUUAGAAAUACUUAAUGUUUGGCUAUUAUACGGUCGAAGAUACUUCAGAAACAAAGGAAAAAAACAUCAAUUAGAUCGUUUCAAAAUUUUACUAUAAUAUAUGACUUACAUAAAGAUA